AUGGCAGCGGUUCCCACCUUCGCCUUCGCGCCCGGCUGCGUGCUGAUGGCCCUCACCACCGUGGGCCUCGCGCCCGCCCCACACUCUGGCCACCGCCGAACCACUCGCCAGGCCGCCACCAACCCGGCUACCAACCCCUCUGCAUCGCCAUCUUCAGCGGAAAGGAGGAAGGUGGAGCCUAUCAAGGGCACGUCGGCAGCACACAACCUGUGCACGACCAAUGCCACCGCCAUGAGCUGCUGCCUCGAGCUGCACCAUCCCUCGGCUGGCCGCAUCGAGACCCCCCUCCAGCUCCUCCUCAUGUACUGUCUCUAA